AUGACAGAAACCGACGAGGAUGAUGAGCCUUUGUUUCGCAUACGCUACGCUAAUGAUGAAGCAACGGAAAACAAAAGUGGCUAUUGGGAACAAUAUAAUGCAUCAAAAAAAUCUUGGUUUCGUCUUUGCGAUAAAUGCCUAGAAAAAGUUCGUAAACCAUCUGAGCCAUUGUGUGUAUUUCAUUUUAAAAAACAAAAGAAAUCCAAAAGGAAAACAAUACCAAAAAUAAGAAAUCCAAAGAAAAAAUUAAAACGUUUAGAUACUAAAACCGAAACCAAAACCAAAACUAAACGACGAAAGCUUCCAUUAGGAACAAUACCAGAGCAUAAAGUAGAACAAAUGGUCAAUGUUCAGAAUGCAGAAUCGUUAAGAAUUGUAAUUUCUGUUUCAUCAUCUUUGAACAAAUAUCAAAUUGCUGACGUAAAAGAGUUUGUCACAAAAUUUCACAAUGAAUCUCAAUCCAUUGAGUUUACCUGUCAAUCUCAACUCGACUAUAUGGAUGAUACAACAACUCAUAUAAUAACUACCGAUUCAGGUUCAUUUACGACACUAUUAACAAAAGAAAUAAUUCAAGCAUGUGUUCGCCAUAUAUUUGUCAGUUCAAUAAAUUGGAUCAAAGCGUCACUUGAACAAUUGUCUAUCGCUGAUUAUUUUCCAUAUGAAAUUUUACGUGAUAAAAACGCAUUGAAAAAUUCCCGUGGUAUAAAACAAUGUCGUUUCGAUCAACUACCUGUAUUCCCAUCAUCAUAUAUUAUUUCCGUUGAAUGUCAAAAAGGUGUAAAACAAAUGAAAAUGAAUCGAGAAGAAGUCAUUGAAUUAGUUGAAUUGUCAGGUGCCACUCUACUUAGAGAUUACAUACAAUAUAAAACAUUAAUUAUCUUGUGUAAUUCAAAAGCAGAAGUAGCCAGUAGAAAAAAACAAAACGAUGAUAAUUUAUGUAUGAUAAAUGAGAAAACUAUAUAUUAUUGUAAGCCAGAAUUUUUAUUUGAUUCUAUUGUAAGACAUGAAGUACAAUCGAAAGAAAUGUAUUCAUGGUAA